AUGAGUUUCGGAAUCAGCAUUGGAGAUGUGCUCAAGCUGUGUGAGCUAGCUGGUAGAGUCUACAAGAACUGUCUGCUUUCCCCGCCACCCCGUCGCUCUCAUUGUGCUAACUUCAACACAGGUCGCGACUGCUCCGGCGAAUACAAGGAUCUUACAUCGCAAGCACGAACGUUAACGAACCUACUCGAGGACAUUCAAGACAAGUACGAUAAGAUACCCGAGAGCAAGCGGCAGCAGCUCAUCGACGCGUACGAACCGUGUAUCGAAGUCCUCGAAGAGCUAGACAAGCUGGUGCUGCACUACAAUGGGCUCGACACGAAAACCAAACGCGCUUGGGACCGGCUCAAGUACGACCCUGAGAAGUCACGAAACAUACGAGAGCGCCUCAUCGCGAGCGUAUCGAUGCUCAAUUCCUUCUACACGUCCCUGAUACACGAUAGCCAGGUUCUUAUACUAGAAGCUUUGGAAAGAUUGGAGAAGGACUACAAAGGCGGUCAUCGCGAAGAGAGCAUUGCUUCCAUCGGGAGACUCACGUCUGGAGGCACAGCCGACGAUGACGACGAUGAUGAGGAGGCAUGGAGCCAGAUUCUCCGCGACCUCGAAGAUGUGGGAGUAUCACAACAGCAGGCUCUAAGCUACCGGGAUGUCAUCGUAGACUGGCUUGUCACAGCUGUCAACGAAGGGAGGCUUUUAGAGGAGCGGCCAGAGCAUGAUGGUCUAGCAACUAUGUCUUCGGAUCUCGGGACCACUCUUCCUGAAUUUGACUUCGAUCAACGACCGCAUAGUGUUGAUGUGCCAGCGAUCGUCUCACCUGCGUACCGGGGCUCACACAGUCCUCCCACAGCGCUGCCUCUGGCCAACUUCUAG